AUGGCCCGCAUCCGGAAGACCCCCUCCAAGCGCUUGCCUUUCACAGGGCUGAAGAAGGUUUGGAAGGAGAGGGUCGACUGCAGGCCUAUCUUCAAAGGACGUUCUUUCUUCGUCGACUCUUCGAUUCAUGAUCUAGAUCGGCGAGCGUACCUCUCAUAUAAUCUGAUUGUUCACGGUGGGACGGUUUCGUGGAAGUUAGAUGGCGCUGAUAUCUUGCUCGUCGACGAGCAGAAGCUUCCCUCGCGCUCGAUACCCCACCUACAAAUCGCUUACGCUCACUCUCCUGAUCCCAGCCUCCAGAACCUCAUCGUUCUGGAUGAGCAAACGAUCUGGCGGCACGUCCAACGGGAAAUCAUUUUACAACCCAAUGAACCCACGACCAAGGUGCCAAUGGGGGGCAGCAAGACGGGCUUCUACCGUACACCAUUCUCGCAAGCCGACAAGAACAAUCUUGCCUUCUAUCUCUCGCGCAAGAUUCCUGAUAAGGCCGCCGGAGGACGAUAUGGCAACAAGGUAUACGAGGAGCUCUCAGAGAACCCACACAAGGAGAUGCAGUGGGCACGGCGCCAUACCUGGCAAAGCUGGCGACAGCAUUACGUCAAGAACGACACCGAUAUAGACUCACGGAUAUCCGAGUUUGUGAUCAGUCAUCCUCCGUUGAACGCUACCAAGUACAACUCGGAUCGCAGGGUGACAAGGAGGAUGACUCGAAGAACCUCCACGGAAAAGAUGUUGAAAGGGAGAGAUUAA